AUGAAGCUUGAUUGUCAAGUGCCCCAAGUUACACAACGGAAGAAGCGUGGCAAGUCAACGAGAGUCGCCCAGUUGGAGAAAAAGAUAGAUGGCAUCGUCUCUCUCCUUGCAGCAAACCAACGCAAUGGUCUCGCCCCUCUAACACCCGAAAGUCCUCAAGAAACUCAACCCCAAAUCCAUCAACAUCAACACCAACACCAACACCAACAACCACAUCCCCACGCCCACCGUCACGGCGAAGGAGUCUCAAUUAACUCCGCUGUUACCAUCCCGAUAGAUGUAGUUACCCACUCAGACAUCCCCGUCCACUUCAGCGGCACCCUUGAGCUCUUCCCCGGCUUCAGCAUCACACACCAACAAGCCGCAGAAUAUCUCAACAGCUACCGAAGAGACUAUGUACCCCACUUCCCCUUCGUUUCUGUGCCGGAGCACAUGACUUCCCACGAGCUCUUUGUAGAGUCGAGCUUGCUCUUCUGGACCGUUAUGGCGGUUGUUUCGCCGCUGGAGGAUAAGGUCCAGAUGGAGUUUAAGCUGUGGUUUCGCAAAUACUUGGCGGAGCAUCUUGUUGUUCGGCAGGAGAAGUCGGUAGAUAUCCUACAGGCGAUACUGAUAUAUCUGGCUUGGAAUGACUUUCACUUUUACGGAGAACUACAAGUUACCAAUAUUGUGCAAAUGGCCAUUGGUCUAGUCAUCGAUCUGAGGCUAGACAAGCACUCUGGGUGUUUCCUUGGUGGUCCAAAAACAUUACUCGGAGAUGCCUGGACGUCUAUGAGUAAGCCCUGUAUCAAGACAAAGGCCCAUCAGACCCCAGCCGAUAAACGUGCCGUGCUGGGCGUUUACCACAUCACAAACCUACUCAAUCCGUACUUCAGAAAAAGCACCCUCUUCAACUGGAGUGCUCAUCUCUCCCAAUGCUGCGACGCUCUCGCUGAAACUCACGAGUACGAAUCGGAUUUAUAUCUAGUUGCGCUGGUCCGCAUGCAACACAUAGCCGAUCGUGGUUUCAGCGUCAUACCGACCUUUGAUCCAUCAGAUCCCACACCUCCCACAUUCCAAGCCGCGACAGCCAUGGCCCUCGACACUGUUCAUCGCGAGCUGGAGAGUUUCUGCAAGUCUCAACCGGACGCUGUCAGAAACACUCCUGGCUUCAGAUCCCACUACAACUCCCUCCUCGUUCGUCUCUAUGAGCCCAUCCUCGCCAUGAAACCCUCUAGCUUAUCGACACCCGACACGCCCCUCUCCGAACCCCUCCAGCGCGCAGAAUACCUCUGGAAAUGUCUCGAAUUCAUCUGCGACGCUCUAGAGUUCCACGCCGCCCUCCCCGCCGACCAGAUCUCCAUCCUCCCCGUCACAGUAAGCUGUGUCCUCGCUUUCGUGACCGUCACAGCAUCACGCAUCGUCCUCGGCGAGAGUACGCCAGACUGGGACGUAAAGUUGGCACGUCGGCGUCUCCAAUUCCAGAACAUCCUCCAGAAACUCAGCGAUCAAUUCGCCCAAGCCGACGAAGAAGCACACCGCCUUAAACGCCGUCGUCGUGUGAUGGAAGACGGCAGCAGCGUGUUCCUCAAAUCGAGCUUCAAGGUCCGCUGGCUACGGCAGUGGUACUUGUCCAAGAUCCCGCAGGAGGAACAGCUGCAGCAGCAGCAGACUGCCAUGGAGCCGUCGAGUGUGCUGCAGAACAACCCGGAUUGGGCGGCGGACUUUCAGUUUGAUGAUGAGUUUUGGGCGGAUUUAAUGGCGGGGUGUGAUAUUGAGUCGUUUGAGAAGUCGAUUGCGACUGUUGCGGCUGUUCAAUAG